AUGCUCUCCCCAGCAGCCGUCCCGCCCCAGCAACCGAGCGGCCCCCAAACCCCUCAGCCUCCCCCCUCCUCCCUCUCCACCCCCUCCACUCCUCCUCCCCCCCAGCCCUCCCUCCACAUUCCCCAACCGUCCUUCCCUCGCCCUUGUGUCCCCUCUCCCCCCACCCCCCACGGAAUCCUGGGGGUCUCGGCCCAACCCCUCAAGCCCUAUUUGAGGACGACGAGGAGGCCGUGCCCACAAACUCUGAAACCCCUCCCCUCCCGCUCAGCCAGUUGCACAUGUACCUGCAGUCGUCUCGGCCCCCGGCCCACAUACACCCCCACACACAGUCUCCUGUGCAGGUCCAGUCUCGGCCCCCGGCACACAUACACCCCCACACACAGUCUCCUGGGGGUCCAGUCUCGGCCCCCGGCACACAUACACCCCCACACACAGUCUCCUGUGCAGGUCCAGUCUCGGCCCCCGGCACACAUACACCCCCACACACAGUCUCCUGUGCAGGUCCAGUCUCCCGCUCAUGUCCCGGCCCCCGGCCCACACACAGUCUCCUGGGGGGUCCAGUCUCAGCUCAUGUCCCGGGCCCCGGCCCACACACAGUCUCCUGGGGGGUCCAGUCUCGGCCCCCGGCCCACACACAGUCUCCUGGGGGGGUCCAGUCCCGGCCCCUGGCCCACACACAGUCUCCUGGGGGGGUCCAGUCUCGGCCCCAGGCCCACACACAGUCUCUUGGGGGUCCAGUCUCGGCCCCCGGCCCACACACAGUCUCCUGGGGGGGUCCAGUCCCGGGCCCCGGCCCACACACAGUCUCCUGGGGGGGUCCAGUCUCGGCCCCCGGCCCACACACAGUCUCCUGGGCGGGUCCAGUCUCGGCCCCUGGCCCACACACAGUCUCCUGGGGGGGUCCAUUCUCAGCUCAUGCAGGCCAUGCAGACUCAGUCACAGGCAGCGGCCGCUCCAACCCAGCAACAGCAGAGGCUCGCAACACAUUCUCACUCACACCCUCACUCACACCCUCACUCACACGCUCACACACACCCUCACUCACACCCUCACGCACACAUGCAGCAGGCGGGUCAGGGGAUGUCGUUCCCCCAGCAACAGAGCACCAUGCACCCGGCACAGAAAGGGAUCAAGCAGAUACUACAUCCACAACCAUCACCACGGAUCAAAACGGAGCCUUUCAACACAGGUCCUCUGAGGGAGAGCCCCUCCCCUCUGAUGAUACAUUCUCCCCAGAUGCCUCAGUUCCCACCAAUGAGACAGUCCCCUUCCCAGCCCAAGAAACCUAACCAAAGGGUGAAAGAGGAGAAGCCGCUCCCCCCCGCAGUGCUGCCCGCCGCCCCUUUCAGCCCCACCCAGCGACACCACAAACCACAAGACAACAAACACACACACAGAUCAGAUGUGAAGCUAUUGGACAGUUCUCGUCCUGGGCUCCGCCUCCCGGACUCCCCGGCCCCUCCCCCUUCCCAUCAGGACAGCAAACUGAAGCAGGAGGCUAAAACACCCAUCACCGCCAAGAAGACACAGGAGGUGAAGUUAAAGAACAUGGGUUCUUGGGCCAGCUUGGCCCAGCGUUCUCAGUCCACCCCCACCUCCGCUGUCCGCUCCUCUAGCGACAGCUUCGCGAACAGUUCAAUCGUACCGCCCGAGAGAAGGAGAGAGAAACAGCUAAAAGCACAGGCCCGAGCAGGCCAGGAGGAGCAGGAGAAACUACGGAGCAACUUUCGCCUCCAAGCCCCCACGCCCCCUGGAGCCGUCUCCCCACAGGCCCCUCCCACUAACAGGCCACACCCCCACCCUCGGCCGCAGCACAGAUGGACUAUGAGGGAGCUGCGUGACGCCUGCUCAGCCCCUCCUGUCUCCCUGUCCACCCAUGACUGCGUGGCCAAGCUCGGGGUCAACUCAAUCAUCAGGUUUGCAGAUGACACAACAGUGGUGGGCCUGAUUACCAACGAUGACGAGGAGGUGAGGGCCCUGGGUGUGUGCGGCCAGGAAAAGUAUCUCUCACUCAACAUCAACAAAACAAAGGAGCUGAUCGUGGACUUCAGGAGACAGCAGAGGGAGCCCCUAUCCACAUCGACAGGACCACAGUGGAGAAGGUGA